CGCAUACCAUCCAGUAGCAUACCCCAUCCGGUGGGGAGCGGGUCCGUUUUGUUUCUCUCGGAAAGCUGUGAAAACAUCUCCGGUGGAAAUUUGUGACCCAAUUUAAUGCUCUCCCGUGUCCCGCUCGGUGGCUGUGUAUAUGUUGCCUUUUUUAUGUUUCGGGAGCUUGAACGAGUGUUAUUGUUUUUAAUUUUGCUUAUUUGAGCUCCAAAACAUGGGAGGGGUUUCGAGACGCGAUGGGAUCGAGACUAGACGCCUCGCGGGAUGCUGUAAUUAGAACGCACCAGCUGGUUCAACAAUUACUCAUCGCCUGUACACGGUGGGAUAGUAAGGGAUGGAAAAGGAACAAAACGGUGUUGAGGGUAGUUUUAUGUACAAAUACGUGGUUGAACGGUGCUAUUGAGGUGUUCAAUACAGUAUCUAACGUUUCGGGUAGAAGUGGAUCCAUGAGCAAAGCUCUUAUUGUCCACGAAUUAGCCUCCCCAAGAGGAUUGUAUCAAUGUAAAUACAAAUUAUAACGAUCUUCAAAUUAACUCUCAUCUUUUUAGCGCCAAAUUGAGAAGGUUUAAUUUCUACAAUGAUCACAGUAAAUACUGGCUACAAACGAGCUUGUUAGCGUGGGAAGCGCAUCAGCGAUUCAGUAGGUCAGCAAAGGCAAAGGUUUUAUAUUGUGUGCGAAAAUAAUUGUUUGUUUACGAAGGAAAAAUAGAACCAUUAAUAGAGAAGGUUACAGAGAGCAGAAAAACAUAAUAUAUAAUAUCUAAAGCUUUAAUAUUGAGUAAAAAAAUAUCAAACAUAAACAAAAACAAAAUCAUGUUUUAAUCUCACCUGAGCUAAACGCUCUUCAGCAGCGACUGAGUCAUCUGCACGGGGUAUGGGACAAGAUAUCACGCACAGAUAACCGAAAGCUUCAACAACAAACGAGACUAUCUAAACUUAUCUAAUCGAAUGUAUUUUUAAAAUCACUAGACGAACUUUCGCAACCUUCGCAAUUCUUAAAAUUCGCUAAUGGACCUCGCCGACCAUAUCAUCUCCAUAUAUCGCACCGAAAAUAGCUUCUAACGGAAAUACACACUAUCACCACAUUGGCGAGAUAUCGGGAAGAAUUUAAGCGAAGGAAUGCAGACACUAUGAUAGUGACGCCUUUUUUUUGCAUUGCUCCAAAAUGAAUUCAUUCACUAAAUUUAGCAACGAGCAGAAAAUGGUGUCUCGCCAGCAGUAGGAGGUGAUGGCAAGAGGUAGACCGUCGGCUUGACCUUCCAACAUGGACAUGGAGCCACACUUCAUCAAUCAUCUGGCAUAGUCCCGAGUGGACGUACGAGCAUGAGCGUUAAGAGAACAAGCUCUGGUAUCGGAGUCGAUAUCGAUAUGUGCGGCUUAGAUAACGGGGACCGAGAGAGUGCGUCUUACCAGGCGUAACUGUUCCCAGACCGUACCAGACAGGGCAACAUGAUGAUGGAUGUGUGCAGCGUCAACCUUAACUACCUGGUCUGACCCUGCAUGCCACUAUCGUGUUCUUAUCGUGCACUUCCCGAUAGGAGAAGAUAUUUAAGAACGUUAUAAAAUCAGGCAACGGACAGUUGGACGGGGCUAGUAUCAUUCUAGUAGUGUAACGAUGAAAGGAACAACAGCUACAUUGGUCGCCAUCUUGGUUCUGGUGAGUGUUCUCGCGCUGCAGACCACGGCCGAACCAACGUGUCGUCCAACUGGUAAAUAUCUGACGGCUAAUCCGAGAGAUUGCCGCUCCUAUUACUACUGCUUCGAGGGUAAAGCGUACUACGGCAUCUGUGGACCGGGUCAUCGGUUCGACGAGAGUCGUCAGUCCUGUCUGCAGUCCACGGUUAGAGAGUGCUUCUCGUGUCCAGCGUCCGGAACGAUCAACAUGCCGCAUCCAACGUCCUGUCAGAAUUUUGUACUCUGCUUCCUGGGUGUUGCAACCGAGCGCCAAUGUCCGCCGGGAUUGCUGUUCAACCAGCAGCUGCGCCAGUGCGAUCUGAGCGCUAAUGUGGUUUGCUGAUAAAUUGGAUAACUACUGAUAAAGAAACUUUGAUACGAAACACGAUCGUUCCGGUUCCAAUUAGUGUGACAAUGGCGGAUAUCUAACAAUGGCUUCGAAACAGAACAAACGUUGAGCAUUGAAAUAAUUCAACAACAAAAAAAAAAAUCAGAUAAUGAAUCAGUGGCCAAAAAUAACAAGUGUGACAUUCCUGCGUAACAUUCUUAGUGCUUUUGAUGGUGGUCAAUUGAUGGUGGAGGUGUUUAGUGUGUUUUGGGUGCGAAUAAAAAUUUAAUAGUCUAAACUCCAGUGUCCAAACCAUUUUCACGCAGCGGAGUUUCUCCGUACCGGAUGUGGCCAGUUUUUU